CCAGAUGAAGAUGGAGCUCCCUGUGAUUAGCUGGGUGUUUGCAACUGCAGGCGUUCUUCUGUGGGCCAGCGGUGGCUCUGCCGGACCCAUGGAGUGCCACUUCGACUCCAGAGCUCUGUGUGUGUUUGAGGGGAAGCACUACUCGCUGGGGGAAUCCUGGAUGGACAACGCUUGCAUGCAGUGCACCUGUCUGCACCCUGUUGGUGUUGGUUGCUGCGAGACGGUGCAUCGUCCAGUGGACUUCCCUGCAUGGUGUGAGGUGCGAGUAGAGCCGGUGACCUGCAAGGUGUUUCUGGUUCAGACCGCCGACCCCCGCCUGCCUUGCUCCCCAGGUGAAACCGACAAGGACCCGAGCCACGGAUCAUUUCAUCUGGAGAAACAACUUGAGGGCUAGAAUGGCGCCAUAAGCCUGUUUUACCCCACAAUAAAUACCGCCAACCAAUAUUAACCAGCAUCUGUGAUUAUUGGGUUGUAUAUCAAUGCAAGAAAUGUGAGUACUUUCUGCCUUUGCAGCAAAAAUAAAACAAAGUUAGAUAAAUUCAGAAAAGUAGGUAUCCACCUUCUUUUGAUUAGUUUAUAUUUGUGAUUUUCUGCUCUUAUGACAUUUACAUUGUUUAGUAUAACAUCUGUGUAUCUAAAUCCUCUUUUGUUUUUCAUACAUUUUAUAAUGAAGAUAAACACUAAGUUUCAUUUUUAAUAAGUUCAAUAAUUCAUGUUUGUAAAUACCAGCAUUUAUGUACAUAUAUUAA